AGAUCAAAAAUACCUGAACAAAUCAAGAUGUCUGCCGUACUAGAAAAUUGUUGAACGAUUUUUUAGCGUAAUAAGUUUGAUUACUUUUAUAUUUUAAACAUUUGAUUGUAUCAAUAAUAUAUAAAAAUAAUCUUAUUUAAGGUACACGUUUGUUUGUAAGCUAAAUUAUUUUAUAUUGUCUUUAUUUUGAUACUUUCGCUUUGUCGAUAGAAUAGGGGAAUUUUGUUUUUUAAUGCAUAAGAUUCAUUUUUUUUAUAAUUUUAUGAUUAUCGUCGCAAAACUUUCUACGUUAAAGCAAUUUUCAAAGAUGAUUUAAAUUAUCUUUUCACUUUUUUUAAACAAGGAAGGUAGAAAACAUUGUGAAAUAUCAUUAAAAUAUUACACAAGACUCUCUCAUCGAUUAAUGUUUAUUAGAAAGAGAUGACUAAUACUUAAACCAUUGUACAUAAAGACUAAAAAUAUCAUAUUUAGAUGACAUUUUUGCGAUUAUAAGUUUCUUUUACAGUAUAUUUUUCACUGUGACCUAUAUUUAGUAGAAAAUAAUUCGUUUUUAGACAUCGAAAGUCUGAUUUAGAUAAAUUUAUUACCUGCAUAACAGAGAAGACUUCUAGUUGGUUAGUUUCUCAUAUAAAGCCCGCUGCCAAUAUUCCCGUGAAUCACUCUCAUUUCAGACUUGCAUAUUACACCUGAGCUACUGAUGGAUGAGCAUGCGAUAUGCGCCGAAUAUCCCUUUUCGUAUCCAGAGCCGUACUUGGAGAUAAUAGAAGAACCUCGACAAAAAGGACAAAGAUUUCGAUAUGAAUGCGAAGGACGAUAUGCAGGUCAUAUUCCUGGGGAAAAAUCGACAGAGGAGAACAAAAGCUACCCUACUAUACGGUUAUGUAACAUGGGCAAUGCUACGGAGGCUAUAAUUGUAGCUUCCUGCGUAACUAGGGAUAAACCAUACAGAGCUCAUCCUCAUUCCUUAGUUGGAAAGGAAUGUAACAAAGGUGUUUGCACAGUCAAGUUAAAAAAUGGUGAGACUACUUAUAAAUUUCAAAAUCUGGGAAUUAGGUGCGCCAAGAAAAGAGCAGUAAAAGAUAAACUACAAGAAAGACAGCAAAUUCGGGUAGAUCCAUAUGGUAAUGGUUUUGAUCAUAUAAAUGAUCCGAGUAAUAUUGAUGCUCAUUGUGUGAGAAUAUGUUUUCAAGCUUUUCUGCCCGAUCCUGAAUCAAAUAAUCAAUUCAGAAAAGUAGUUCCACCAAUUGUAACUCAGCCAAUAUUUGACCACAAAACACCUGGUGAAAUGAAGAUUUGUCGAGUUAGUGCUUGUGCUGGUUCUGUGAACGGUGGCACAGAAAUUUUCAUGCUAACAGACAAGUUAACAUCAAAAGAUGAUGUGGAAAUUAUCUUUGAAUGUAAAGACUGGAUGGAUAAAGGCAACUUUGGGUCAACAGAUGUUCAUCAUCAAGUAGCUAUCGUUUUUAAGACACCACCCUUCCCUUUCCAAAUAACUGAGCCGUGCAAAGUUUUUAUGUACUUAAAACGAAUGUCGGAAGAUUUGAAGUCUGAACCAAUCGAAUUUACUUAUCAUCCUAAUAACGACUACGAAAUGUCUAUAAAAAGAAAGAAGAAAUCUCCACUUUUCAGUGGUUCCGAAUUUCAGUGUUCAUCCAGUACCGUUUCAGACAAUGUAAAAGAAAGAGUUAUUAAAAAAAUAACUAAGGGCAAGGGAGCAACUCCGACACCUACCAUCCCCGUCACUUUACCUACUUUUCCAUAUGAAGACCAAUUGAAUAAUUAUGAUCGACCCGCUGGCUCAACUGUAGAUCCAAGCGUAAUUGAUUCCAAUCACGAAUUCGCCAAUACUUUGAAUGACGAUUCAAAUAAUUAUGACCCAAUGUUAGCAACUUUCACUGAUUUCCUUGAUAUGGAUUCCAACAACCCGAAUUUUGGUUAA